AGAGAGAGCGCGAGAGCGAUCGAGAGAGAGAGAGGCGCGUGCGGCAUUUUGUGAAGUCCUGCCCAAAGACGGACACGGCGAGCGACCACAGCGCCACAGCUGCGCUAAGUCAGCUGGCCACGAUGAGCCAUCCGCGCUGCGCCCGCUGCAACGUUUCCUGCGAAGCGCUUUCUGUGCGGCCGGGACGGCGGAGCCAUGACCGGAGCUUUCAGUGAGCCAACGGGCGUCCUGUAAACGUGGACAAGCGGGCGUGUGAGUGAGCGAGUCAGUAAGGAAGAUCUGCCUUCACUGUAAGUGCCCCCGGCAAGAGCAUGCAGCGGCAGUGAUGCCCCUCGAGAUGGAGAAAACGGUCAACAAGCUCAUGUAUGACUUUCAGCGCAACUCCACCUCGGACGACGACUCGGGCUGCGCAUUGGAGGAGUACGCCUGGGUGCCCCCUGGACUCAAGCCAGAACAGGUUCACCAGUAUUACAACUGCCUCCCCGAAGACAAGGUCCCCUAUGUGAACAGCCCAGGCGAGAAGUACAGGAUCAAGCAGCUCCUCCAUCAGUUACCACCACACGACAACGAGGUGCGAUACUGCAACUCCUUAGACGACGAAGAGAAAAGAGAGCUCAAACUGUUCAGCAACCAGAGGAAGCGCGAGAAUCUGGGCCGAGGCAACGUCAGGCCCUUUCCUGUCACCAUGACUGGAGCCAUCUGCGAACAGUGUGGCGGCCAGAUCACUGGAGGUGACAUCGCAGUGUUUGCUUCCAGAGCUGGCCAUGGUGUCUGCUGGCACCCGCACUGCUUUGUGUGCAGCAUCUGUGACGAGCUGCUUGUGGAUCUCAUUUAUUUCUACCAGGAUGGCAAGAUAUUCUGCGGCCGGCAUCAUGCCGAACGACUGAAGCCCAGAUGUGCUGCCUGUGAUGAGAUCAUUUUUGCAGACGAGUGCACCGAGGCAGAGGGCAGACACUGGCACAUGAAGCAUUUUUGCUGCUUUGAGUGCGAGACGGUGCUGGGAGGCCAGAGGUACAUCAUGAAAGAAGGAAGGCCCUACUGCUGCAACUGUUUUGAGUCCCUGUAUGCCGAGUACUGUGACGCCUGUGGGGAGCACAUAGGUAUUGACCAAGGCCAGAUGACCUACGACGGACAGCACUGGCACGCUACAGAGAGCUGCUUCUGCUGUGCACGGUGCAAGAAGUCGCUCUUGGGCCGCCCGUUCCUCCCCAAGCAAGGCCAGAUCUUCUGCUCCAGAGCCUGCAGUGUUGGAGAUGACCCCAAUGGCUCCGACUCCUCCGACUCGGCCUUCCAGAGCGCCAGAUCACGGGAGUCCCGCCGAAGUGCUAAAAUUGGUAAAAACAGCUGCAAAUCUGAGCCCAGGCCCUCGGCGUCCAUGCUGGCGGCUUCAAACCGGUUCUCGACUGAUGUAGACCCCCUGUCGCUGCAGAUGGAUUUGCUAAGCCUUUCAAGUAAAGCCCCCAGCCUGAACCGUGAGCAACAGGUAUGGAAGAGCCGAGACGAGCUCUACCAGUUUGGGAAUGCAAACGAGCAAUCGCAGAGUCCGCUGCAGCUCCUGAGCCAGUGCAACGUCCGAACUUCGUACAAUCCCGGGCAGAGUGCUGGGGUGCAGCCUGAAGCCUGGCUUAAAGAGCCGAGUUCGAAGAGGGUCUCCAUGCCGGCAAUGAAGGGCCACUCUGAAGGCUGGCUUCACGAAAAUCAAGAGGAAUACUUUCCACCCAAGCUGGUGGCUCAGAGCAGUUUUAACGACAACGCAAAUCCUGGGUUUUCAGAGAAAAGAACCGUGAGCCUGCAUCGCUACGAGCGAGACCGGGACGUCCUCCCUCAGCAGUGCCGCACUAGGAAUCCCAUCAACGGGCUCAGCUUUACCGAGGAGCUCACGCCAAUGGCACAGUCUCCGCAAGGCUCCAUGGAAUCCCUCACGCUGUCCAACAUCACAGGUACUUCCGUAGAUGGAGGCAACAAGCGCCAGGAGCAUUUAUCCCGAUUUUCAAUGCCAGAUUUAAGUAAGGACUCCGGAAUGAAUGUGUCCGAGAAGAGCAACAUGGGGACGCUAAAUUCCUCGGUGCAUUUUAAAAGUUCGGAGUCUUUAAGGAGCUUAAAUUGCAUACCGCAGUACCGAGACGUGGAAGCACCCGAGGAAAGGCUGAAUUAUAACGUGCAAUACCAGGGGUCGCCACCGCUAACGAGGGCAGCACAGGGAAUGGGCUUCGAAGACGAGGACGCCCUGAACGGGAUGAGUGGCCAAAACAUCACCAGGCUGCCGCCAAUGAGCGACCGAACACGCAGGCGUGCGAGUGGACAAGACGACGGGCGCCGGCGACACCACCACCAUCACCGCUCGAGGCGGUCUCGGAGGUCGAGGUCCGACAACGCCCUUCACUUAGCUGCCGAGAGGCACAGUCACGUUCGGGAGCGGCCGCAGCUGCGUAUCCGCGAGGACUACGAUCGAUUUAUGUUACCCCGCGGAGGCAGGGAUUCUUUGGGAAGGGGAUACAAAAGAGACCCCUACAUCCAGUGUCCACGGACCACCUCCGACCUGACCCUGCAAAACCCAAUCGGGCACCGACUGGGCGCCUACUAUGACGAUUACGAUGACGACGACGACUGGUGUUCCACUUGCUCCUCUUCCUCAGAAUCGGACGAUGAAGGCUACUUCCUGGGGGAGCCGAUACCGAGGCCCGUCCAGCUGCGUUACCUCUCGGGCGAAGAGCUUCUGCACAAGUACGGAUCGCCGGUGCUCGGAGGCCCCCCGCCGCUUGGUGGUCGGGGUCAGCUGCACACCCGAAAACGGAGGAAGAGUAAGAACUGCAUCAUCUCCUAGGCGGGCGACUCCUCCUCCUCCUUCCCGUCCCCUCCCCCCUCGCUCCUCGAAUGUAAAAUUUGCGCAGUUGCACUUCCACAGUCUGGCGAAUGUUCAUUGGGUCUCCUCCCCUUCCGCUGGUCUCUCACGGGUCUCCGCUCGCUUUGUGAUUGCGCCCUCGCCCGCCCGCCCGCCACUAUGGACAGCACAGCCCCCUCUCUGCAUGUUUGCCCGUCUCGACAUUUCAAUUGGAAGUUGUUUUUUUUUUUUUUAUUUUAGUUUGGAUUCCUUUUCGUUCCCAUUGGCUCCUUUCGUGUCCCCGCCUCUCUGGCCCCGCCCCUCUAUUAACGGUUCACAAUUGACACUCCGUGCAGCUCUGCCAUUUUUCUUUCCCGCUUGUUGUUUUCUACUCUUGCGUUGCUUUUAUUUUAAUUUAAUUGUUAUUUGUACAUAAAAUCAAUUCCUUAAGUUAAGUAUUUAGUGUAUAUAUGGUGUAAAUGAGUUACUACAUAUUUUUAUAUUUUGUAACGAUAGCAGCAUUUAAUGUAUUAUAAGUUACCAAUAGGAAUAAAUGCAUGAAUGUUUCCUUGCUGGCCAUGUCUUGAAUUGGAAUUAAACGGUUAUUUCACGGAAAA